CUUUUCUCCAAAUUACGAUUUUUUCCUCCACUCUGUUCUUGCAUUUCCACUUAUUGCCAACGAUUUCUCUGUUCUUCGUUGGCUAUGAUAAACCUCAAGCUCUUCUUAGAGCUAAAGUUAUGUUUUUUAAUAACUGUUCUCUGUUCUUCACACAUCACCUCCUCUGUUUCUGAUACUUUCUUCAUCAACUGUGGAUCUCCGACGAAUGUAACAGUCAACAAUAGAACCUUCGUGUCCGACAACAAUCUUGUUCAAGGAAUCUCUGUCGGAACCACCGAUUCGAAUUCAGGUGACGAAUCGGCUCUGUUUCAGACCGCAAGAGUAUUCUCCGAUGAAUCAUCAACUUACCGAUUCCCGAUCGAGAAACACGGUUGGUUCUUGAUUCGUCUUUACUUUUUACCCUUAGUCUCUGCUUCUCAAGAUCUAACCACAGCUAGAUUCUCAGUCUCGGCUCAGAAUUUCACUCUGAUCAGAGAAUACAAACCCUCAACGACUUCUGUUGUUAAAGAAUACAGUUUAAACAUCGCCAAUGAUAAUCUAUCUCUCGAAUUUCGUCGUCAAGCCGGUUCUAUAGCUUUCAUCAAUGCCUUGGAAGUUUUUAGACUUCCAGAGGAUUUGAUACCUGAAGAUGCAAAACUCAUUGGUACACAAAAGGAUCUCAAGCUCAGGAGUCACGCUAUGGAGACUGUUUCUCGUGUAAACAUGGGGAAUCUGAGUGUGAGUCGUGAUCAAGAUAAGCUAUGGAGGCAAUGGGAUUCUGAUUCUGCGUAUAAAGCUCAAUUCGGUACGCCGGUUAUGAACCUCGAAGCGGUUAACUUCAGUGCUGGUGGAAUAACAGAUGACAUUGCUCCUCUUUACGUCUAUGGAACCGCCACGAGGUUGAACUCUGAUCUUGAUCCUAAUACUAAUGCCAAUCUUACUUGGACAUUCAAAAUCGAGCCUGGUUUCGAUUACUUUGUCCGAUUUCACUUUUGUAAUAUAAUAGUGGAUCCUUUUGGAUUCAAGCGUCAGAUACGCUUUGACAUUUUUGUGAACUCAGAGAAAGUUAGGUCCGUUGAUAUGACAGAGGUUUUAAAUGGAACUUUUGGAGCUCCUUUUUUCGUUGAUGCAGUGAUGCGGAAAGCGAGAAGUCGAGAAGGAUUCUUGAAUCUAUCCAUUGGUUUAGUUAUGGAUGUUUCUUCGUACCCUGUUUCUUUUAUCAACGGAUUUGAGAUUUUGAAGCUAAGCAACGAUAAGCAGAGUCUUGAUGCUUUUGAUGCUGGUUUCCAUGAUGGUUCUUCGCGUAACAAGAGUUCGAAUACGAGAAUCGGAUUGAUAGCUGGUUUAUCUGCAACUUUGUGUGUUGCUUUAGUGUUUGGUGUGGUUGUAUUUUGGUGGUGUGUCAGGAAAAGAAGAAGAAGAAAUAGACAAAUGCAAACUGUUCAUUCUAGAGGAGAUGAUCAUCAGAUUAAGAACAAUGAAAAACCCGUAGUAUGCGGUAGACCAGUCAUUGAUCCUUCGCUACCGAGAGAGAAAGUGAAUUUGAUCGAAUGGGCGAUGAAGUUGGUGAAGAAAGGGAAAUUGGAAGAUAUCAUAGACCCUUUUCUUGAAGGGAAAGUAAAGCUUGAAGAGGUGAAAAAGUACUGUGAGAUAACAGAGAAGUGUUUGUCCCAAAACGGAAUUGAGAGGCCAACAAUGGGAGAUUUGUUGUGGAACCUAGAGUUCAUGCUUCAGGUGCAAGCAAAAGAUGAGAAAGCAGCAAUGGUGGAUGAUCAGCCAGAGGCGAGCAUCGUGGGCUCGACCGUGCAGUUUAGUGUGAAUGGAGUGGGAGAUAUUGCAGGGGUCUCAAUGAGCAAAGUUUUCGCGCAAAUGGUUAGAGAAGAAACGCGAUAAAAGAUUUGAUCAAAAGAAGAGUAUCUUCAUCACUAUUGUGUUGUUUGUACAGGAGAGAUCACAAUACUGUUUUAUACAUUGUUAUUGUUUAUCAAUUGAUAUAUCAUCCUUUUAAUCUCUUUGCAUGUAUAUAUAUAUUUCAGCUCUCUGGUGUCUUGUUUGAAAACCUUUAAUUGCUGCAAAUAUUUGCAUAUGUUUGUUAGCAACUAAACGAACCAGAAAGUUGGAUUAUAUACACACCAAUAUAAAACAUAAAUGAGAUC